AACUGCGGUAUACAUUUACGUAUGGCUGUUUAGUUUCGCGCGCUUUUAAAGUCGUCACAUUUAUUCAAUUUAUUUCGCAGAAGAUAUCCGUAUUCUGUCUUUAGUUCAUAAUUGUUGAAAUACAUAAAUAAUUGAAUAAAAUAUUUUAUUUCUUAUAAAGUAUAAAUAUUCGAAAUAAGAAUACAUUAUUAGAAUGUGAUAUUUAAUAACAAUUCAUAAUAGGUAAAAUCAUAAACCAAGUCAGAUUCUACAACAUUUAAGCAAAUAUGAGCUUGUGGGUGGAUAAAUAUCGCCCGACAACACUCGGGAAAUUGGAUUAUCAUCGAGAACAAGCAGAAUACUUGAGAAAUAUGGUGAAGAAAGGUGAUUUUCCGCAUUUAUUAGUGUAUGGACCAUCAGGUGCAGGAAAGAAAACUCGUAUACUAUGUAUCAUAAAAGAAUUGUAUGGAAGUGGAGUUGAGAAGCUGAGGAUGGAAUCUAUGACAUUUGAAACACCAUCUAAAAAGAAGCUAGAGAUAACAACAAUAAGUAGUAACUAUCACAUUGAGGUAAACCCCAGUGAUGUGGGUAUAUAUGAUAGAGUUGUAGUAAUGGAUUUGGUAAAAACUACUGCUCAAACUCAUCAAAUAGAUCCAAGUGGACAAAGAGAAUUUAAAGUGGUAUUGUUAACUAAUGUGGACCAACUUACAAAAGAUGCACAGCAUGCUCUUAGAAGAACAAUGGAAAAAUAUGUUGCUACAUGUAGACUGAUACUUUGUGCAAAUUCAACAUCACGUGUUUUACCAGCUAUUAGAUCAAGGUGUUUAGGAAUCAGGGUACCAGCUCCAACAGUAUCAGAUAUAAAAAAUAUUUUGUAUUCAAUUUGUAAACGUGAAGGUUUAACUUUACCAAAUGAAUUAGCUACCAGAGUAGCUGAAGCUAGUGGUAGAAAUCUUAGAAGAGCGAUAUUAAUGCUUGAAGCUUGUAAGGUUGAACAGUAUCCAUUUACUGCAGAUCAAAAAAUUGCAGAACCAGAUUGGCAAGUAUAUAUUCGUAAUACAGCUAAUAUGAUGGUCAGUGAACAGAGUCCAAAGAAACUUCUUGAAAUAAGAAACAGACUUUAUGAAUUACUUACCCAUGCUAUACCCUGUGAUUUAAUAUUUAAAGGUCUUUUACAAGAAUGUAUAAAAAAUUGUGAUCUUCAGCUAAAAAUUGAAAUCGCAACUGUUGCGGCUGAAUACGAGCAUAAAAUGCAUAGAGGAUCAAAAUCAAUUUUUCAUUUGGAAGCAUUUGUCGCGCGAUUUAUGGCAAUUUAUAAAAAAUUCAUUGAUUCAUCUCUUGAAGGCUUUGUUUAAUACAUUAAUUCAUGUACUUACAUACAUUUCAAAUACAAUUAUGCAAAUACAAAUUUGUUAAAUAAGUUCUUAUAUUUCUAAAUCAUGUAUAUUUAUUAUUUAUAAAGUAACUAAUAACAAUCUGUAUUUUUUAGAUUUGUUAUUCUAAUGUUUUACUCUAAAUUUUGUACAAUUUGUCGGACAAAUUGAUCUGAUAAUACAGUUAAUUUUCAGUAAAAAUUGUAUGACAAUGUAAUUGAUGAAACUUACAAUGCAGCAAGAAGAACAGCAGCAAUUGCAGACAAUGCAGUCACUGCAUAUCCAGUACUAUAUACUUCUUUAAUUGUAAGGAACAUUCCUAAAUCCCAAAACUGCAAAGUGUAACAAUGAAAAUUUAAAUAUCAACCAAUGCUAAGAAAGAACUAUACUAACUAUUUAAUUAUUAGUUGACAUCAAUUUUUUUAAGAUCUAUAUUACCAAAUGACGAAAUCCGUUGAGUGUAUGAUAAGUAGCAGGAAGAGCAAGUAAAGUUUUGCCAACAAAAAGAAUAGGAGCUGAUAAACCUAAAUCUGAAAUCAUUUCUAUAAGGCAAGGAAUACCUCCAGGGAUAAGUAAUGUUC